UCGUAGUCGUCGCAGCGCUGCUCGCAGUUUCGUUCGGCGAACGAAGUUCGUUUCCUUAGUCUUUCGAAUUUCACUUUUAACCGUUUGCUAGCGCGCCAACGUUGAGGCGUACCGUUAUCGCGGCACGUUACGGACACCAACCUAGCAUGACACGGCUCAAUUGGGCCGCUUAACGCUUUCAUUCAACCCACAAGCGGUCUGGACUCGAAACCCAUUCGAACAUAAACCAAGAACUAGAACACAUCGCAUCGUAUCGCACCACUGGUGCACCACCUCCUCCUCAUCCUCCUUUCCAAAGGGGAGCCAAGGCCACCCUCCCGCUUGACAGCUUAAUUUCUCUCGAAAAACCACACUCAUACAUAUCUUCCACAACAACAACCGCAACCGAAUAACACGAAUAAUGAAUUAUCAGAAGGCCAGUGAAAAGCAGUCGCCGUCCUCAUUGAAGAAGCGGCCGCCGGGCAACGGCAAUAGCAUACAAAACUUUUGGAACGAACGCAUUAUGGAGCGCUUCAUAAAGGCGAAUCUAUUCAUUAUCUGCUGCGUGGUGGCGGUUCUUUUGCUGAUCGUCUAUCUGGGGGCCUUCUCGUGUGAGGUCUCUUGGAUACUGGAGGCCCACGGCGAAUUGCCCUUCUCCGCCUACACGCUCUGCUCGCUUUACUUCGUCAUGUUCGUGGCCACAACGAUCCUCAUCCAUGGUUUGGUCAGUGGACUCUGCUGGCCGUUGUUCGCCUGGUCAGGCAUCAUCGGGCUCCUUUCGAUUCCGGAGUUAGUUUUUGUCAUGAUCAUGACCACACAGCACUGGGGACUACAAUCGGUGCAUGGACUGACGGAGCUAACUUCAUACCUUAUUCGGUUGAUCAUCAACUGCUUUGCUCUAAUCUGUGUUAUUCCCACGGGCAUACGCUGGCGGCGGGAGACUCAGGUUUUGAGCCAGCUGCAAGGAUUGGCCACUAGACUCUCCCUGCAAACACCAGCACCCAGUGUUCCGAUGACCAAGGCGGACUCCCGACGAUCUAGCCAGCGGUUAAGUGGAUUCGAGAACGCCGGCUACCAGUUGUGCGAUGAGACUGCGUCCAAGAUACCACUAGGUCCAGGAAUAGGAUUGGGUCUGAACAACCAAUGCGGCGGCAGUCAGGCAUUUGGAUCCCAGAAUGAAUUCAAUGCCAGUAUGUUUGCUCCGGCUCUGGCCCAACAGUUCAACAAUGCCACAAUGAUGCAGCGUGGCGGAUCGGGAGGAGCCACGGGUAGCCACCGGGCACAGUCCCUGAUGGACCUCCGCUGCACUCUGCCUGGAAUGUAUAAUCCGCGGCAUGUGCUCGACACUGAGGAUAAGAACGCCAAAUACUUCAACAUAACUAUCGACGACCUGAAGAAUAAUCUGCAGGAUUCGCACAGACCGUCGCCACCUUCACUAAUUGGCUCCACCAGCAAUGAUCCCAUCUAUUGUUCCAUCGAACCCAAACAGUUGACACCACCACCUGCUCAACAGAGGAACCACCAUCGUCCACGUGGAACUCACAAGCAACCGCCACCGGGAAAGCUCUCCCGGAAUUGCGUUUCCCUUGAGAACCUGGACGGAAUCAGCAAGGUGCAAAAUGAUCUGUCCGCCUACGGAAAUAAUCUCCUCCAGAACUACACGCAGCAACAACAGUACUACCUGGCAAUGUUGCUUCACCAGCAGCAACAACAACAGUUGCUCCACCAACAGGCUGGUGGCAUCUACCGCAGACCUUCCAACUGCAGUUCCACGGGAGGAUUUGCCGGCACAGUUCUGGCACAACCGAUGCAACGACGUGGUUCCACUCACAGCCAGCAGAUGCAGUAUUAUGGAGGCUUUGGCUAUGCCAACUAUGCCAAUCCUUACAUUACGGCAAAUAGUAAACUUUCGCUGGGCAACGAGUCCGACGACUACCGGAAGUACCGCGAUGUGGCUCUUUGAGUCUUUUUCGGUUUCCGGUCCCCAAUCAAUCACCAGUCAUCGCUUAGGUUACACUCACUAGUUGUAGGACAUGCUCGAUCUAAAAUGAGAUUCCUCGGAAUAACGACCAAAGAGCCACAAACUAACUCAGUUUCAGUUCGUAGACUAACGUUACGCUGGGAGAAUCUGGUACGACGUUUAUGCGCAGGUUAUAUGUGCAAGUGCAAGUUUCGAUAUAGGUCUGGACUUAUUUUGAUAUUUGCUAAAGUUAUACUCCCAUAAAUACUACGUUAACAAUCACGCCUUAUUUGCAAAUAAAUGUUUUUCAUGAAAGACUCCAAUGCUUAGAAGUUUAGGUAUAAUUUUAUUAGCAAAUAAACGCAGUAUCACAAAUUUUGAAAAAUAACAAAGUAUCAACAAAGAGAAAUGUAUAAUUUCUUUGACAAACAGUUUAGCAAAUAAAAGGCGUAUAAACCUAGUAAUAGAUUAACUGGUUACAUCAUCGUAACUUGUUCAAAGCGAACCCCAAGUUUAGUUCUAAGAAUCGACCACAAAUUGUCAUUGACAUUCAUUGUUUAUUAUACUUACUAGGAAUACGGAUAACAAUACUCUGAUCGACAGUCUAACCAUCCACAGAUCGAAAACUGUACAUACUUGUAAUAAAAAGCAUUCAUGUUUUUACUCCGAAUCGA